AUGCCUGCCACCACAGCCGAGACGCUGUCACUCGUCAGCAGAAACGUCACUGUCGCCCCUCUAGUUCUUCUGUCCGUCGUAGAUCACUACAACCGCGUGGCCAAAGGCACACGGAAGCGGGUAGUUGGCGUGCUGCUGGGUCAGAACGACGGCAAAAAUGUGCGGGUAUCAAACAGUUUCGCAGUUCCCUUCGAGGAGGACAACGAUGACCCGUCGGUAUGGUUCUUGGACCACAACUACGUCGAGAACAUGAACGACAUGUUCAAGAAGGUCAACGCCAAGGAGAAGUUAAUAGGCUGGUACCACUCCGGUCCCAAGCUCCGCGCAUCCGAUCUUGAGAUCAACGAACUCUUCAAGAGAUAUACGCCGAACCCUCUACUAGUCAUUAUCGAUGUCCAGCCGAAGGAGUCCGGCGUGCCGACGGAUGCUUACUUUGCGGUGGAGGAGAUCAAGGAUGACGGCACGACUACAACCAAGACCUUCGUACACACCCCCUCGACGAUCGAAGCCGAGGAAGCAGAGGAGAUUGGUGUUGAGCACCUCCUUCGAGAUAUCCGCGAUGUUGCCAUCGGUACUCUAUCAACCCGCAUCACAAACCAGCUGCAAUCCCUACAAGGCCUCCACCUCCGAUUACGCGAAAUCCAGGCCUACUUGAAGAAGGUUCAGGAUGGCCAAUUACCGGUCAACCAUGCCGUUCUCGGUAACCUCCAAGACAUAUUCAACCUCCUGCCCAACCUCUCGACACCCAAGCCUGGUGGUGAUGGCAAGGGCGGCAAUAUGGGCGAGCUGGGAUACGCCAUGAGUGUCAAGACGAACGACCAGCUUCUGGCUAUUUACCUGAGCAGUCUGAUUCGCGCCAUCACCGCGUUCCACGACUUGAUCGAGAACAAAAUCCAGAACCGGCAACAGCAGGAAGAGAAGGAGGCCAAGAAAGAGGAGGCCGCCGCCGCUGCCGAGAAGGAGACGAAGGAUAAGAAGGAGGGCAGUGCCAACAGCUCCGGCGCCGACUCACCAGAGAAGGGAGGCGAAAAGGGAGGCGACAAGGAGAAGAAGAAAUAG